AUGGGGCCCACCGUACAACCUAGUUUUGAGGAAGUGUGUGUGUGUCAAACACUCUCGUGAUGGAAAGCUGUUACACACACUCUCCCUAUCUGUAAUCAAACAUACACCCACACUCUCCUAUCUGUCUCCUAUUUUUAGCACCAUGCUACAUUAAGUCUUCAUACUCCAUUGAGUGUACAGUACGCCGAGCGUGAUCAUAACUGCACUGAUUCUCACACAUGCAUGCACACUCUCACACACACAUACACACACUUAGUCCAAAUGCUGUGUUUAUAUGCUCCAUCUUAUCCCCCUCUUCUCCCCUCCUCUUAUCCCCCUCUUCUCCUCUCCUCUUAUCCCCCCUUCUCCUCUCUCUAUCCCCCUUUCGGCCAUCACGCCUUCCGGAGAAAAGAACCCCCUCUUCCCCUCCUCAUUAUCCCCCUCUUCCCCGCCUCUGAAAAAGGAGAAGAGAGGAGAAACCAUUUAUCCCCCUUCUCCCUCCUCUUAUCCCCCUCUCUCCUCUCCCUUAUCCCCCAUCAAACUCUCCUCUUCUCCCCUCUUCUCCUCUCCUCUUAUCCCCCUCUUCUCCUCUCCUCUUAUCCCCCUCUUCUCCUCUCCUCUUAUUCCUCUCUCUACAUUGUUUUUCCAGGCUGUUAAAAUUCCUGGGCUGUGCCCCCUCAUCUUCUCUUCCCUCUCUCCUCUCUUCCUCCCUCCUCUCCACUCUCUCCUGUCCUCCCUCAUCCUGCCAGUUAACUUUGUUUUCUAAUGUUAGUACAGAGUUCAUGUGUUUUUACCGUUUCUUAAACAAUCUCUCUGCCUUCAAAUUUCUACCACCACCAUUGUUGGUGUGUGUGUGUGUGUGUGUGUCUAUAUUUGUGUUGGUGUGUGUGUGUGUGUCUAUAUUUGUGUUGGUGUGUGUGUGUGUGUGUGUGUGUGUGUCCCAGCUGCUAGUCGUGUCUCCAGUGUAACAGUAACUGCUGCGACUGCUCUCUUUCUCUGUAACGAGAAACAGACUCAGACCUCGUGAGCCUGUGUGUGUGUGUGUGUGUGUGUGUGUUAUGUUGUGUGUGUUGUGUUGUGUUGUGUGUGUGUGUUGUGUGUGUGUCUGAAGUGGGGGGCUGGCUGACUUAACAAAGCAAAAGUUCUCCAUUUGAUUGGGCCACAGUGAGCCCCCACCCUCUCCCCUCACUCCCUCCUUCCCCCACACCCUCCCUCCCAGCAACAGAGCCCAGAGCAGGAAGCGUACUCCCCAAGGGAGAGAGGAGGGGUCAGGGGGAGGGGGGAGGGUCUUCGCCUGGCUACAGGAGAGGAGGAAACUUUACUUCACACGCACAUUCACUCUCCCACACACAUGCACUCGCUCACUUGCCUACAGAUGGUGAACACCCGUCCACUCAGAACUUUCUGUUCCCCUGCGCCUUUGAGGAUUUUACACACACACAUACACACAAACACACACACACAUUGAAGAGACAUUCUCGCCCAGUGGGGCUUGGCUUUAUUUAAAAAGGAGCUGAUGGUUCGUAAAGAGAACGGAAAAGAAGGGAAGAGAAAGAAGGCGAGCAGAGGAGAGAAAGCCUCCUCCCUCUCUCUCUCGGGGGUGAGGUCAUUCAGCCGGGGGAAGAGUUCUGGACGAGACCGCUGGGUCUGGAUCUGAUCAGAGACCCUUACCUCAGGUCCUCCCUCUUUCCUCUCCUCCCUCUCUCCUCUCCUCUUCUUUCUGUUUUUUGGGGUGUUGCAAAACCAAUCUUAACUCUCAGUAAGUACAGGGAAACCAUAUCAAGCGGGAAUGUGUGUUUCUGCGUUCUCAAGCUUGAAGUGUAUGUGUGUCACAGGAGGCUGCUGAGGGGAGAACGGCUCAUAAUAAUUGCCGGAACGGACUAAAUGGAAUGGCACCAAACACAUGGAAACCAUGUGUUUGAUGUAUUUUAUAACAUUCCACUGAUUCCGCUCCAGCCAUUACCACGAGCCCGUUCUCCCCAAUUAAGGAGCCACCAACCUCCUGUGAUGUGUGUUUCUUAGUUCUGAGGUUUGUGUGUGUAUGUCUGUGUGUAUCUCAGUUUGAAGUGUGUGUGAGCAUUUCUCAGUUCUAAAAUGUGUGUGUGUGUGUGUGUGUGUGUGUGUGUGUGUGUGUGUGUGUGUCCUCAGGUGUUCCAAUGGCGUCAGCUGGAGAACCUCUACUUCAGAGAGAAGAAGUUCUCAGUGGAAGUUCACGACCCCAGGAGGUAAAUCUAUAUCACAACUCUCUGUGUGUGUGUGUGUGUGUGUGCUUGCAUUCGUGCGUGCGCGUGCAUGUGUUUCAGCACUGUAAACAGUUUUGGAUCACAGAAGUAGUAAAGUGUAGUAGAGAAUGUCCUUUUCUAUCUGCCCCGAUAAUAUAUAUGACACAUAGCUAAUGUUAGUUAGUUGUGUUGAUGACACUCCAUUUCUGCUGGCGUUGUGAAAAUAGUGUGUAGAAUAUAUGAGGGAGGCUUGGAUAGAUGAGAUGUGUAAUGUCUUUAUUGUCCCCCAUUGUUAAUGCUGAUAGCUGCUUUGUGUAAAGGUUAACAGACUUAACAAACACAGAGCAGAGAUGGUAAUGGGUUGGAGAGGUGUUGUUGUUGUUAGUGGUGACGAUAUAUUCAAGAGUAGUAGAGACACCAAGAGAUACACAGUGGUGCAUGUGAUUGAACAAAGUAGCUUGUGCACACACACAGACAGACAGGGAGAGAGGCAUAUCCGCUUCAGUUUAUAUUGGUGUUAGAGUGAGAUUCAGGGGAUCUUAAAUGGAGCCUGCACAGAUAGAACUGCUGAUAGUCACACACACACACACUGAACUCUGCUGUCUAGAGGAGGAAGUCAUCUCUCUUUUGUUUAUUUAACAUCUAUACAGAUGGAUAGAGAAAGAAGAGAGAAAAGGAGAGAGAGAGAGGGGCAGAGAAGAGAGAGAGCUGUUUUAUAGGAGGCAGUAGUUAGUGUGAGCAGGUCUGUAGAUACAGAUGUCUUUCUGUCUAAACAGUGUAGAGUAAAUCAUGUCAUGAGAGGCAACGUGUGGUAUGAUAAACAUCACACUAGACAUACUUUCUCUUUCUAGAAUAAGUGUGUUCAAGGAUGCCUUGCAUCUGGUCAUGCUAUAGGUCAUUGGGGUGCGUGUGUACCUGUGUGCGUGUUCUUUCAUUUACUGUGUGUGUUGUGUGUGUAUUCAGUGUGUAUAAGGAGGCCUUGUGUCCGUCUCUACUGUAGGGCGUCGGUGACCAGAAGGACGUUUGGCCACAGUGGUAUAGCUGUCCACACCUGGUACGCUUGCCCUGCUCUCAUUAAGUCUAUUUGGGCCAUGGCCAUCAGCCAACACCAGUUCUACCUGGACCGCAAGCAGAGCAAGGUAACACAUAGAAUGACUGUGAGGUUUUAGAAUGGCCGUGAGGUUCUAGAAUGAGUAUGGGGUUCUAGAAUGUGUGUGGCGUUCUAGAGUGUGGUAUAGCAUAACCAUAUCAGUAGAAACAAGCAGAAAUAGGGUAUUAGGUAAAUAUCUAAUAUAUCCAUCUGUGUGUGUAUGUUUGUCCAGUCUAAGAUCCAUGCGGCUCGUAGUCUCAGUGAGAUAGCCAUCGACCUGACAGAGACUGGAACUCUGAAGACAUCUAAACUGGCCAACAUGGGCAGCAAGGGCAAGAUAAUCAGUGGCAGCUCCGGCAGUCUGCUCUCCUCAGGUAAGUCUCUCUGCGUGUGGCUGUGUUUGCAUGUGUGUCUGUGGCCAGCAGUACCCUUGCCCUACUCUCACUCUGCCCAAUAAUGUGGAGGCGCCUACCUCUAAAUUUAGUGUGGUAGAGGACAGGGGGAUAGAGGGAAGAGAGGGAUGUAAGGGGAGAAGAGAGGGAUGUAAGGGAGGGUGGGCAACUUUGUCCUGGUCUUUGGAACAAUGCCACUCUAUGCAGAGGGAGGUAAUGUGGUUAGAGAGAGAUCUGUGAGAGGAGUAGUUGGUAACUCACCCCUCCACCCCCCUAUCUAGGCCAGGGCAGGGGUCUGUGGGAACAGAGUUAGAGAGGGCAGGGCUGUGAAUCAACCUUUAAACUUCAGGACAGAAACCCAUUAUGCUGUUAGCUUAAUGUUUUCCAAAGGCUGUUUCCACCAACAUGGUGGAAGUGUGAAUGACACACGAAAGCUCAAAUAAUGUUUGUACUAAAAACUCAACUAGUUUUGAUUGAGGGAGCAAAGGUCGAUACACACAUGCUGCCAACUGUGUGUGUGCAUGUGUGUGCAGGGUCAGCUAUUUCCAGACACCGCUGACACCUUAUGAAAUCAAUGACUGUGUUUAGAAGGAGUAGUCUCCACAACACACUUCAUCUUUGUCCUCUCUAACGUCCUGUUUGAUAUCCAUCUUUAUCUCUCGGUCCCAUUUCUCUUUGUAUUUGCCUCUCUCUUUCUCCCUCACGUUGUGUCUCGCUGUCUCUCAGCUAUCUCCAUAUACCCCCUUCUCGCUCUCUACAUUCAGUGUUUUUAACCCUGCUCUAACACACACCCACUGACGGAGACUAUCUCAAAUACACACACUCACUCACAUAUUCCUACAUGGAACACACACACACAGAGCAGUGUGUGUGUUAAUCUAAUGACACACUGCCUCGCAACAGAAUGAUGUCACUGAUAUGAGUAGUGAUGUUAUCUUAAUGUGUCUCCGUCACAUUCUCUCUACAGUUUUCGGCAGUGUAGAUAUUCUGUAUUAAUCCAUCUAGAGUGCAGUCUGACAGUACUGCUUCACAUCUUAGCCCCUAAACCUAGACCAGGGGUGGCUAACAUUCCUCCUGGAGAGCUACUGGGUUUGGUUUGGUUUAUUCAGAUCCCCAUUAGCUUUUGCAGAAGCAAAGUAACAAAACACUGAUACACUGAUAGACAAGGACAGUAACACAGGUUGUUGCUCCAGCCCUGCUCUAACAUACUGUAGUUCAUAGAAUGUUUGGUAUGGCUGUUUAUCAUUAUUAUAAAAUGCAGUAUUUACACCAGGAUGCUGUCCACAAUGGAGUGUUUGAUCAAGGGGUAAACUGUGGUUGGUUGAACUGCAGGAUGGUUGUUGUCAGUGUGUAGUUGAGCAGCGACGGCGAGGGUGUGUGUGUGUGCGUGUGUGUGUGUGUUUGAUUGAGAGGGAGAGGGAGAGGCUGUCACGAUGUUGGGCCUUCAGGGUCGGAGACUGUGCGUCAUAGACUGUGUCCUCGGCUGCCCCAUCCCCUUCAGACACACACAACCUCCCCACCACACAGUCUUAGACCUUAUCGAAGCAUUCAACUCGGCAGGUGCCUUCACCCCUCCUCCGUCCUUCACCAUUUCCUUGUUUCACUUUCUCUCUGGAGGCCUGGGUCAGACAAUAGCAUUGUUUGGGCUCCAGUGUUGUAAGUGCUGUAUUUGGGGGGGGGGGGUAUUUGAGUGCUACACAGUAAGGUUAUAGUAAGCUUGUUUCUUACAGUAUUCUACACUCUGGUCCAUGUUCAGUGAUAAGUUCUAAUUGGAUCUGUUAUCUGUGUGUGUGUUCUGACUGUAUACCUGUGUGUGUGUUCUGACUGUAUCUCUGUGUGUGUGUGUGUGUGUGUGUGUGUGUGUGUGUGUGUGUGUGUGUGUGUGUGUGUGUGUGUGUGUGUGUGUGUGUGUGUGUGUGUGUGUGUGUGUGUGUGUGUGUGUGUGUAGGUUCCCAGGAGUCGGACAGUUCUCAGACAGCUAAGAAAGACAUGCUGGCAGCCCUGAGGGCCAGACAGGAGGCUCUGGAGGAGACUCUGAAACAAAGACUAGAGGAACUCAAGAACAUAUGUAUCAGAGAGGCGGUAAGACACAUGCACGCAUGCACAAACACACAUACUUACACACAUCAAUGAGUAAUGAUCAAUUUAAUGUUUUUCUCUCUCCUUCUCUCUCUCUCUCUCUCUCUCUCUCUCUCUCUCUCUUUCUCUCUCUCUCCCUCUCUUUCUCUGUCUCUCCCUCUCUUUCUCUGUCUCUCGCUCUCUCUUUCUCUCUCUCUCCGUCUCUCCUCUCUCUAGGAGUUGACAGGGAAGCUGCCUAAGGAGUAUCCAUUGGAUCCAGGGGAGGAGCCUCCGACGGUCAGAAGGAAGAUUGGCACCGCCUUCAAACUGGACGAACACAAGAUCCAGCCCAAAGGAGAGGUCAGAAAAUACACUCAAAUCCUAACUACCCUUUUAAGAUCCUGCCUAAAGGAGAGGUCAGAGAAAUCUCUCAAACCGUAACUGUCCACAUCUGAUCCAACUGUUUCCAGUGGUUCCAUUCAGUUCUAGUAAAUGGGAGGAGUUCUAUUUGGCUCCCAGUGUAGAUAAACUUCCUCAUGAACAUGGAGUUAUUUAAAACUGCAAUAUGUAACUUUUUGGGCGACCCAACCAAAUUCACAUAGAAAUGUGAGUUAUAGAUCUGUCAUUCUCAUUGAAAGCAAGUCUAAAAAGCGGUAGAUCUGUUCUAUGUGUGCUAUUUCUAUGCUUUCCGUUCUUAAGUUUCGUUUUUGCAUCUUUUACUUUCUGUUUGUACACCAGCUUCAAUCCGCUUUUAUUUUAUUUUAUUUUAUUAUUUUUUUUACAGUAAUUUCGUUCCGAAUGUGCAAAUUGUCCAAACAGAUCCACAAGGUAGAUGGAUGAUUUUAAAUAUGUUAUUGGACCAUAAACAGAUGUGGCUCAUUAACCUUUAUUGACCAAAUAAUUAUGAUCCACACUUCUUUGACAAUAUAUAUAAUAAAUGAUCAACACUGCAUGCAAUACAAUACUCUAUUAUUAUGGUGGGAGAUUAUAAUACUGUUUUAAAUAGCUCAAUGGACCGUAAAGGAAAUCACACUACAAACUAUCACCCUUAUGCUCUUAAGGAAAUCAUGAAUGUCAUGGAUACAUUAGAACUAGUAGAUAUACGGAGGCUUAAAUAUCCUGACCUAGUGAGAUAUACAUGGCGGAGACUCAAUCAAGCUAGUCGUCUUGACUUCUUACUUAUGUCAUUCUCGUUGGCACCAAAAGUGUUGAUAGGGGACAAAAUGCGGUCGGACCAUCAUAUAAUUGGCAUAUACAUUACUCUUACUGAAUAUCCACGUGGGCUAGGAUAUUGGAAAAUUAAUCAAAGCCUAUUGGAUGAUAACUUGAUUUUAACUAGGAAAGAGGAAUUUAUAACUGUUUUUUUCCGACAUAACAUAGGUACAGCAAAUAAAAUAAAGCAAACCGGAUGGAAUAUGGGGAAAAAUGCACCAAAUUAUUUUUUAAUCUUCAACAUAGAAAUGCUACCAAAAAUAAUUUACUGAAACUGGUUACAAAUGACGGAGUCGCCCAUGAUUCACCAAAUUAUAUUUUAAAGGAGGACGCAAAGUACUUUAAGCAUAUGUUUUCGUUUCAGUCGCCUCCAUCUCCUCUAACUGAAGCUAAUUGUAGGGAUUUUUUUCAAUUGAUAAUGUCAAAUUAACAGCCAUACAGAAAUACUCAUGUGAAGGUGGAAUUACAGAGGAGGAUCUUCUGGAUACAAUUAAAUACUUUGAGUCUGGGAAAACUCCAGGGUUGGAUGGCAUACCAGUCGAGGUAUACCAAACCUUUCUUGAUAUACUCAGAGGACCGUUAUUAGCAUGUUUUAACCACUCCUAUGUAAAUGGUAGAUUAUCAGACACUCAAUAAGAUGGUCUGAUUUCAUUAUUACUGAAACAGGAUACAAGUGGGAAAUAUAAAGAUCCAGGCCAUUAAAAAAAUUGGAGGCCCCUUACACUUCAGUGUUGUGAUGCAAAAAUUCUAGCAAAAUGUAUAGUGCAUAGAAUUAAAAAGGUAUUGUCGGACAGUAUUCAUUCUAAUCAGACAGGUUUUUUUACUUGGGCGAUACAUUGGAGAUAAUAUAAGGCAAGUACUGGAAACAAAAGAACACUAUGAAAAAUCUGGGAAACCAGGCCUGCUAUUCAUAGCAGACUUUGAAAAUUCAUUUGAUAAAGUACGACUGGAGUUUAUAUAUAAAUGCCUGGAGCAUUUCAAUUUUGGAGAAUCUCUUAUAAAAUGGGUUAAAAUCAUGUAUAGUAACCCUAGGUGUAAAAUAGUAAAUGACUUUUUCUCAGAAAGUUUUAAACUGUAAAGAGGAGUAAAACAAGGUUGUCCACUAUCGGCAUAUCUAUUUUUUAUGGCCAUCGAAAUGUUAGCUAUUAAAAUCAGAUCCAACAAUAAUAUCAAGGGAUUAGAAAUCCAGGGCUUAAAAACAAAGUUGUCAUUGUACGCUGAUGAUUCAUGUUUUAUUUUAAAUCCACAACUUGAAUCCCUCCACAGCCUCAUAGAGGAUCUAGAUACAUUUUCUAACCUCUGUGGAUUACAACCAAAUUAUGAUAAAUGUACUAUAUUACGUAUUGGAUCACUAAAAAAUACAAUUUUUACAUUACCAUGUAGUUUACCAAUAAAAUGAUCUGAUGGUGAUGUGGAUAUACUCGGAAUACAUAUCCCAAAUGAAAUAAAUGAUCUCACUCCCAAUCAAUUUUAAUAGAAAGUUAGCAAAAAUAGAUAAGAUCUUGCUACCAUGGAAAGGUAAAUACCUGUCUAUUUGUGGAAAAAUCACCCUGAUUAACUCUUUAGUAUUAUCCAAGUUUACCUAUUUGCUUAUAGUCUAGCGAACAGUUUUUUAAAUUAUAUGAGAAUAAAUUAUUCCAUUUUCUUUGGAACGGCAAGCCUAUUUGUAUAAUUAAUAUGAAUUCGGAGGACAGAAAUUAUUCAAUAUUAAAGCAUUAGACCUAUCACUAAAAGCUUCAGUCAUACAAAAGUUAUACUUAAAUCCGAACUGGUUAUCUUGCAAAUUAGUAAGAUUGUCUCACCCCAUGUUCAAGAAUGGCCUUUUUCCCUUUAUUCAGAUUACAACCUCUCACUUUCAGUUAUUUGAAAAGGAAAUAAUUUCCCAAAUAUCACUAUUUCUAAAACAAGCCAUUGAAAGUUGGUUGAAAUUUCAAUUUAAUCCUCCAGAAACGACAGAACAAAUAAUGCAACAAAUAUUGUGGUUAAACUCAAAUAUACUAAUUGAUAAAAAUAACUUUAUUUUUUUAAAUAAAAAAAUAAAAGGUAUAAUCUUCGCAAAUAAUAUAAUAGGUAGGACUGGUGGAGUUAUGUCACACAUGCAGCUAACAAAAGCAUAUGGAAAUGUCUGCUCUACCCAAAAUAACAACCAAAUAAUUGCAUCAUUACCGCAAAAAUGGAAAAGGAAAGUGGAAGGGGGAAAAAGUAAGGAACUUGUCUGUCGGCCCUACAUUAAAUAACAUAAUUGGUUAAAGAAAAUUGUGAUUAAUAAAAAUGUAUACCAGUUUCAUUUAAGGACCAAAGGAUAGAGAUUUUUGACGUACCGAUUCCAUGGCAUAGUGUUUAUGAACUGAUACGCAAAACGACGCCGGAUUCAAAACUUAGAAUUUUUCAGUUUCAAUUAUUAUACAAAAUUCUUGAUACCAAUAGAAUGUUAUUUAUAUGGGGGAUACAAUCUUCCCAGCUCUGCAGAUUUUGCUGCGAAGAGACAGAAUCAUUAGAUAAUUUGUUUUGGUACUGUCCAUUUGUAGCUUGUUUUUGGUCACAGGUCCAGGAAUGGCUGAAGGAUUGCAAUAUUUACCUUGAGCUAACCCUGCAGAUAGCACUACUGGGUGAUCUGAAAAGUCAUAGUCAAUCGAUCAAUAAUAUAAUAAUACUUUUAGCAAAAACAAAUAUCUGUAGAAACAUUGAGAAUAGAAGGGUUCAGAACUUUUGUGAAACAUCACAGUACAGUUGAAAAUAUAUGUCAAAUAGAAAUCCAAUAUGGAUGGUGUUAAGAGAUAGAUGGGAGGUGUUGAAUGGAGCUGAAGGGUGGGACUAAUAACAACUAACAACAACUAAUAACAACAAGAUAACUAAUAAUGUAAGGCAUACUGUGUCCAUAAUAAGUAUAUAGGUUAUAGGUUGUGAACUUUUGUGAAAGAGCACAGUUAGUGGUGGUGUUAAGACAAUCAGAAAUGUUAUCAUACAUCCCCAAAUGGGAACAUUUAUAGGCCUACAUUUGCGCGCAGGUCAGGUAGCCUAGGUCUACUUUUAUAUGCGUAAUCAGGUGCGCGUCCUUACUCAACAUUGACAGGAGCGCUCCAAACAAAAGACAAUGAAAACAUUGACAAAACUCAUAAAGGGAAUUAAAUAAACCCAAACUUGUUUCUCACAAGUGUAGCAUAGGUUGUGAGCUCUGCAAACAACGUGUCCACUCCAACAAUGAGAACGGUAAAUGACUGUAAUAAUAAUAUAUUGAAUGCAUUAACAGAAAUUACCAUAACCAAACAAGCAUUGUAGAUUAUAAAUUAUGGGAAUUAACAGUAAAUGUACUAAUGGUGAUAUGUAAAGGGAAUUGAUAGACACUAACAAUUCACACAAUGAUAAAUGUGCACGAAAUGUCGGGAGAGAUUGCAUUUUGGAGAAAGAUGUACCUUCUGCAUCUUAGCCACACUUCCCUACUCCUUGGACCGUGCCAUCCCAGUGGCAACCACAAUUUCUAAAAAAAAUUGUCCAUUAAAAUAACAUCAAAUUGAACAGAAAUAUAGUGUAGACAUUGUUAAUGUUGUAAAUGGCUAUUGUAGCUGGAAACGGCUGAUUUUUUAUGGAAUAUCUACAUAGGCGUACAGAGGCCCAUCAUCAGCAACCAUCAGUCCUGUGUUCCAAUGGCACAUUGUGUUUGCUAAUCCAAGUUUAUAAUUUUAAAAGGCUAAUUGAUCAUUAGAAAACCCUUUUGCAAUUAUGUUAGCACAGCUGAAAACUGUUGUGCUGAUUAAAGAAGCAAUAAAACGGACCUUCUUGAGAAUAGAAAGAGGAGUGGGAGGCCCCAGUGCACAACUGAGCAAGAGGACAAAUACAUUAGAGUGUCUAGUUUGAGAAACAGAUCCUCACAGGUCCUCAACUGGCAGCUUCAUUAAAUAGUACCCGCAAAACACCAGUCUCAACCUCAGCAGUGAAGAGGCGACUCCGGGAUGCUGACCUUCCAGGCAUAGCCAUAUUUCAGACUGGCCAAUAAAAAUAAAAGAUUAAGAUGGGCAAAAGAACACUGGACAGAGGAAGAUUGGAAAAAAGUAUUAUGGACAGACGGAUCGAAGUUUGAGGUGUUCGAAUCACAAAGAAGAACAUUUGUCAUUUGAGACGCAGACCAAAUGAAAAGAUGCUGGAGGAGUGCUUGAUGCCAUCUGUCAAGCGUGGUGGAGGCAAUGUGAUGGUCUGGGGGUGCUUUGGUGGUGGUAAAGUGGGAGAUUUGUACAGGGUAAACGGGAUCUGGAAGAAGGAAGGAUAACACUCCAUUUUGCAACGCCAUGCCAUACCCUGUGGACGGCGCUUGAUUGGAGCCCAUUUCCUCCUAAAACAGGACAAUGACCCAAGCACAGCUCCAAACAAUGCAAUAACUAUUUAGGGAAGAAGCAGUCAGCUGGUAUUCUGUCUAUAAUGGAGUGGCCAGCACGGUCACCGGAUCUCAACCCUAUUGAGCUGUUGUGGGAGCAGCUUGACCGUAUGGUACGUAAGAAGUGCCCUUCAAGCCAAUCCAACUUGUGGGAGGUGCUUCAGGAACCAUGGGGUGAAAUCUCUUCAGAUUACCUCAACAAAUUGACAACUAGAAUGCCAAAGGUCUGCAAGGAUGUAAUUGCUGCAAAUGGAGGAUUCUUUGACGAAAGCAAAGUUUGAAAGACACAAUUAUUAUUUCUAACCUUGUCAAUGACUACAUUUCCUAUUCAUUUUGCUAUAUUUCGUAUUCAAACUCAUUUCAUGUAUGUUUUCAUGGAAAACAAGGACAUUUCUAAGUGACCCCAAACUUUUGAACGGCAGAAAAAAUAAAAAAUGGGAGAUUGGAAGUGAUGCAGACGAUUACAUUGAUGGAAGUUACAAUCUAUCUGCAAUAUUAAAGCUGAUCUACCCCCCCCCCCCCCCCCCCCCCCCCCCAAAAAAAAUACAAUAUUUUUGGUUAUAGAAUAUAUACUUCACAGCGGUUUAGAUGGUACAUUGAUUCUCUACACUAUACUUGCUUGUUUUGUCACAUAAACUGAAAUUAGGUGAACUAUUUGAAUUUUAGCAACCAGGAAAUGGUUAGACUUGGGAUGGAGAACUGAUCUUAGAUCAUUGGUUGAAGCAGAAGAGUAAUUGGGGCAGUGGCCAAGCCAGCACUUCGAGAAGUCUUGGAUCUGCUUAGAAGUUGGUUUGCAGUCAUCCUCAAUCCCUCUUUCUCUCUAUUAUUCUCUUCUUCUAUUUCUGAAUCUUUCUGUCUGUUCUUCUAUUUGUGCCUUAGUAGAUUUUCCACUGCUUCAGGGUUGACUAAAAAUAGCUUGUCUGUUCCGUACCGCAGGAAGUGGUGAUAGUGGGAGAGAGAGAAAGAAAGAGUGUGUGUGUGUAUAUUUGUGUGUGUGCGUGCGUGUGUCUUGGAUUGUAUGCAUUGAAACGAAUCCAGGGUCACAGCAUUAUGAAACCGCGAGGCUUGCAGAAAGAUGUCUCAGGUUUUAAACUUUUCUAACCUUGUUACCUCAGAACACACACACACACACAGUUAUUUUGGCAGGAGGAUGUAGAGAUUGUUAGUGAGAGGGAUUCCUCCAGGCUGAGGUAGUCUUGGGGGAUGUUGACCUGCGUGUGUGUGAAACAAGUCUACUGGCUUUACCUCUCUAUCUCUGUGAGCUGUGAACACAUUUACGGUUCUGUUCUGUUUUUCUGAACCCCUGCCCUGAACAUAAGGUCACCCACACAUGGAUGCAUACAUGCACAGGCAUGUGUGUGCUUGUAUGCGUCCAUGUGUAGAGCCGUGUGAGAGCGAGUUGAAAAGCUGUCUGUCUGAAAUAGUCUCUGUUUUCUGUCUGUUAACUAGUCUUGCCUCACUAGUCCCUGUAGAACGUACAGAAACACUAAGUCCUAAUGGUCCUCAUGAGAUGAAAUACUGUUGCUGUUGGGUCAUGAUCUGCUCUCUGCUGUUAUUGAGUUGUUGGUUAUGGUUAGGGGGCUAGGUGUUAUGGUUAGGGGGAUGCUGGUUAUGGUUAGGGGGCUAGGUGUUAUGGUUAGGGGGAUGUUGGUUAUGGUUAGGGGGCUAGGUGUUAUGGUUAGGGGGAUAUUGGUUAUGGUUAGGGGGCUAGGUGUUAUGGUUAGGGGGAUGUUGGUUAUGGUUAGGGGGCUGUUGGUUAUGGUUAGGGGCUGUGUGUUAUGGUUAGGGGGCUGUGUGUUAUGGUUAGGGGGAGUUGGGGGGUGUUGUAGGGCGAACAUGGGGUCUCAUAGGAGACGGUGAGGAGGAGGGAAGUGAGGGGGUGGAGAUGAGGUAAGGGAUAGGGAAAGUCGGGGGUGUUUUGGGGAGAACGGGGGUCUCGGAGGAAGCUAGCCAAGGCUGGGGGAUGGGGUGGAGGUGAGGGGGGAGUGUUAGGGGGAGCUGGGGGUGUUUUAGGGAUUCUCAUGGGAGGAGAGGCAGGGCUGGGAAAAUGUGGGGGAGGAAUGAAGAUAGAUGGUUUCCUCAUUGUGUUUGUGCUGGCCUGGGAACAUGCUUUAAGUUACUGGUGGAUGUGAGUGACUCAUGUCUGAGUAUGUGUGUCUGAGUGUGUGUGCGUGUGUGUCAUCACUUGUGUGUGAGUGUGUUUGUUUGUGUGUGCAUGUGUCACACUUCCUAACCUUUGUGUCUAUCUCUCUCUCAACAGGAGGAGGAGCUAGAACGUCUAGAGAGGGAGUUUGCCAUCCAAUCCCAGAUCACGGAGGCUGCAAGGCGUCUGGCCAGUGAUCCGCACGUGAGCAGUAAGAAGCUGAAAAAACAGAGGAAGACGUCGUACCUGAACGCGCUGAAGAAACUCCAGGAGAUAGAGAACGCCAUCAACGAACACCGUGUCCGCUCUGGGAAGAAACCCACGCAACGCGCUUCGCUUAUCAUAGAGGGUGAGACUACACACAUGCUGAGAGAAUCGCUUAUAAGAACCACAUCGCGUAAUAAAGAGGGUGAGACCAGGCACACACACAAUCACAAAUUCACAUUCACACACACACACGCACACUCACAUACACACAAAGACACAUGGCAAGAAGUGCUCAUGAACAUGAAUUGAAGCACACCUACUUCACCCCAACCAGUGCCAUAGUAAAAGUGUUUUACUCUGUUCUUCUCUCCCACAGAGGCCAACAUCGGCUCAGAGGACAGCUCUCUGUCUGAUGCUCUGGUCCUAGACGACGGUAUGUCUGCCUCUAUCUCUCACUCUCUCUUGCACUAGAAUAAAUCAGAAAGUUCAUCAGUGCCUUUCUAAUUGGGAAUAAUCAGUGAUCAAUCAAUCUAACCAAUCCCUAUGACCUUCUCUCUCUCUAUCAGAUGACCCCCAGGUGACAGGGACCCCCACCUACUCUCCGGCAGCGUCUCCCCAUAAGGGCCUACCUCCCCGGCCUCCCUCUCACAGCCGGCCCCCUCCCCCCCAGUCUCUAGAUGGCCUCAGCCACCUGCACUACUCCCGCUCCGAAUACGACAAGUCCCCCAUCAAACCCAAGAUGUGGAGUGAGUCCUCGCUGGACGAACCCUAUGAGAGGGUCAAGAAACGCUCCUCACACUCCAGGUGAGGUCAACUCUGUUUCCAUGACGAUAGAUCUAUACUGGGGUCGUGGGGCAUGUGAUAGUUUGUUGAAUGAUAGUAUAAUGAUUAGAAGAUAGCAAUAGUAAUGUUAAGGUUUUCUAAGUGCUCUGUCUCUCCCUGGCCAGUCACAGGCGGUUUCCCGGCUCUGGUAGUUGUGCGGAGGCAGGAGGCAGUAACUCUCUGCAGAGUAGCCCCAUCAGGAGUGUUCCUCACUGGAGCUCCCAAUCUAGCAUGCCCUCCACCCCCGACCUGAGGACCAGGACCCCUCACUACGUACACUCAACCAGGUAACCACAAGAUAACCUCGAAAUAAACUUCAGAAAACUACCGCACUACGGUCACCUCACUAGGUCAAAGCCACAACCAUACUGUAACCUCUCUCUCCAUCUCUCCCUUCCUCUCUCCAUCUCUCGCCCUCCCUCUCUCCAUCUCUCUCCCUCCACCAGGUCUGUGGACAUCAGUCCCACCCAUCUGCACAGUCUGGUUCAGCACUUUAGGAACCGCAGCUCCAGCCUGGAAUCUCAGGGCAAGCUGCUGGCCUCCGACCCCGACACACACACUCACACACACACCCUGGGAGCCCUGGGCAGCCCAGACAUCUUCCUGGUCCCGGGUACACGCAGCUCCAACGGCUCGGACCCGCUGGACGACUGUUCGUCCUGUACCUCCCAGAGCAGCUCAGAACACUACUACCCUGGGGGAGCCCCAGGCUCCAACCCAAACUACUCCACCUUAGGAGAGGACUCCCCCUCCAAAGCCAGACAGAGACAGAGACAGAGGCACAGGUUAGUGCAGCAGAGCUGGGUGUGUCCACAGACUUACUUUGGGCUUGUUUAGCAAUCCUUGGAGGAUUUCUUUCUAUGUUUAAUGUGUAUGUUAACCUCCUCUCUCUCUCUCUCCAGGUCUGCAGGUCACCUUGGUUCCUCUAACUCUGGCUCCAUGCCCAACCUGGCAGCCAAGAACGGUUCAGGGUGCGGUGGUACAGGGGGAGCAGGGACUGGGUCAGGGCACCACGGGGUGUACCUCCACAGCCAGAGCCAACCCUCAUCCCAGUACAGGAUUAAAGAGUACCCCCUGUACGUAGAGGGCAGCCCCAACCCAGUGGUGGUGCGCAGCCUGGAGAGUGACCAGGAGGGCCACUACAGCGUCAAGGCCCAGUUCAAAACCUCCAGCUCCUACACAGCCGGGGGCCUCUACAAGGAGACCUGGGGGGGCGAGGAGGGGGGAGAGGGGAGCGGCAGACUCACCCCGUCCCGCUCCCAGAUUGUACGGACUCCCUCACUGGGGCGAGAGGGGGGAGGAGGGGGGAGGGCGGUGGUGUCGGACGAGUUGAGGUGUUGGUACCAGCGCUCUUCGGGCAGUGUAAAGGAGAGGAGUCACUCCGGCUCCAACACGUCGGACAGUGGCUCGCUGCAAGGCACGCUGGGACCUGGACGAGGGAGCAGGGUGGGGACGCUCGCCAAGAGAUCACCAGGUGGGUGACAACACACACACGUAGACACGUUUAUGUUCUAAGCUAAGCUUGAAUUUGGUAAGAUAGUUAGAGUUUUGAUUGGGUCAGGCAGUGUUAAGGUUAGAUAAAAAAUGUAUACAGUAACAGUCAAAAGUUUGGACACACCUACUCAUUCCAGGGUAGCCACCCUUUGCCUUGAUGACAGCUUUGCACACUCUUGGCAUUCUCUCAACCAGCUUCAUUAGGUAGUCACCUGGAAUGCAUUUCAAUUAACAGGUGUGCCUUGUUAAAAGUUAAUUUGUGGAAUUUCUUUCCUUCUUAAUGUGUUUGAGCCAAUCAGUUGUGUUGUGACAAGGUAGGGGUGGUAUACAGAAGAUAGCCCUAUUUGGUAAAAGACCAAGUCCAUAUUAUGGCAAGAACAGCUCAAAUAAGCAAAGAGAAAUGACAGUCCAUGAAGAUCAGUCAAUCUGGAAAAUUUCAAGAACUUUGAAAAAUUCUUCAAGUGCAGUCGCAAAAACCAUCAAGCGCUAUGAUGAAACUGGCUCUCAUGAGGACCAUCACAGGAAAGGAAGACCCAGAGUUACCUCUGCUGCAGAGGAGAAGUUCAGUAGAGUUAACUGCACCUCAGAUUGCAGCCCAAAUAGAUGUUUCACAGAGUUCAAGUAACAGACACAUCUCAACAUCAACUGUUCAGAGGUGACUCCAUGAAUCAGGCCUUCAUGGUUGAAUUGCUGCUAAGAAACCACUACUCAAGGACACCAAUAAUAUAAAGAGACUUGCUUGGGCCAAGAAACACGACAAUGGACGUUAGACCCACGACAAUGGACGUUAGACCAGUGGAAAUCUGUCCUUUGGUCUGAUGAGUCCAAAUUUGAGAAUUUUGGUUCCAACCGCCGUGUCUUUGUGAGACGCAGAGUAGGUGAAUGGAUGAUCUCCGCAUUUGUGGUUCCCACCGUGAAGAAUAGAGGAGGAGGUGUGAUGGUGUGGGGGUGCUUUGCUGGUGACACUGUCAGUGAUUUAUUUAGAAUUCAAGGCACACUUAACCAGCAUGGCUACCACAGCAUUCUGCAGCAAUACGCCAUCCCAUCUGGUUUGCGCUUUGUGGGACUAUAAUUUGUUUUUCAACAGGACAAUGACCCAAAACUCACCUCCAGGCUGUGUAAGGGCUAUUUGACCAAGGAGAGUGAUGAAGUGCUGCAUCAGAUGACCUGGCCUCCACAAUCACCCGAUCUCAACCAAAUUGAGAUGGUUUGGGAUGGGUUUGACCGCAGAGUGAAGGAAGAGCGGCCAACAAAUGCUCAGCAUAUGUGGGAACUCCUUCAAGACUGUUGGAAAAGCAUUCCGCGUGAAGCUGGUUGAGAGAAUGGCAAGAGUGUGCAAAGCUGUCAUCAAGGCAAAGGGUGGCUACUUUGAAGAAUCUCAAAUAUAAAAAUUAUUUUGAUUUGUUUAACACUUUGAUUACUACAUGAUUCCAUAUGUGUUAUUUCAUAGUUUUGAUGUGUUCACUAUUAUUCUACAAUGUAGAAAAUAGUAAAAAUAUGGAAAAACCCUUGAAUGAGUAGGUGUGUCCAAACUUUUGACUGGUACUGUAUAUUCUUUACAGAAUAGUUAGUUCAUGAAAAUGUAAAUGAAAGAACAUUCCAUGGCCCGCGUGAGUCUCGAACUCACAACCUUCAGAUUAUGAGACUAACUCACUGCCUACUGCGUCAACGAGACCUUUGUGUAGGGGCGAUUGGCCGAUGUUUAGGAGAGUGUGUGUGAAUGAGUGUAAAGCGAUCCCUGAACCAAAUGGAGCUCGUUAGUCACAGUGGCCACACCUCCACUUUUAUCUGGGGCAUAGCUGGGAUAACACAGGCCUUAACCACCUAUUGACCUGUGUGUGUGUGUGUGUGUGUGUGUGUGUGUGUGUGUGUGUGUGUGUGUUUGUGUGUAACAUAACUGUGUAUAUAACUGUGUGUCUCUCUGUACAGCAGCGUCCCCUCACAGCCCGAGUAGUGUGACUCCCUCCAGUGAACAGGCCGCCACACCCACGCCCCCCUGCAGCCCACAACACAUCCUCAACUGGCAGAGCGGGUAAGACACACACGCACACGACACACACACAGACAAACUGCACACACACACACACACAUGCACACACAGAGAUAAAUAUAACGUGUUUGGGGAUAAUGACCAGGCACUCAGGAUCCUAAUCCUAUUUGACAUUUAACCCUGGGUUAAAGGGUAAAGGUUAAAGUCUCUGGUUCCUGUAUUGCAAUUCACAGGACAGAAUCUGCAUCCUCUCAAAGCAUCUUCAGCAUACGCUUCUCUUUACAACCUCUAUAACCUCUGCCUUACCAACCCCCAACCUACACCCAACUUUUGUCCUUCUGCAGCACGGGACUCUGUCUAGCUACUGAUCACACGGCUGUCUUGUCUUCCUGAAGGACUUGAACUUGACUUUGUUCUAACUCUCACCCUCACACUAAUUACGCCAGAGUGAUUUGUUAACUUAUCUGUCCUCUCUUUCACUCUUUCACUCUUCUCUAUUUUUCCUUCUCAUUCCAUCCCUCUUCAUCUCUCUCCCUUUCUCCCUCUCACUCCUUCUCCUCCUGUACUAACCUCUCUGCUGUCUGUCUGUCUGUGUGUGUUUCCUGGUUUAGCGGUACAGCAGACAGCUCUCCUACUGAAGACGUGUGUCAGUCUCCCCCUCAGCCCAGCUCUGAUGCAUAGAGGUACUGUCUGUCUGCCAGGACUCUCCCAGAACACAGACCUAGAAACACAACAAAUAUACCAGAGAACUACAGAACAUCAAUCUAGAACCAUAGACCAUAGAAACAACCCAUACUGUCUGUCUGGACACUACUAGACUUCCAGGACAUAGAAACACACUCUAUAGAAUAAAUCCUGACACCUAGACCAGAGACAUAGAAACAGAAACUGAAAUAGAUCAGGGGCAUAGAAAUAGAUAUGACUAGAUAUGUAGAAACAGAACCUGAACUAGAUCAAAGGUGUAGAUUCUUAGUCUCGUACCAACUGCUGAGUUGAAUAGGCUCUUCCCGUUUCUAAUCGGUUCUAAUAGCAGGUUUGGGAAUGGUGUCUGUUCUAUCUGCUCUGUUUCUAUGGCUGUAACUGGACUCUGCAUGUCUGCUGUGUGUGGCUGAUACUGUUUGUGGCUGCUCUCUAAAGCAGGCCUUAAGACUCAUCUUUAUUGGCUGGCCUACCCUUCCUCCUAGACUUUGAUUGUUGCUUUUAUGAUAUGGUUAUAUAUAGAUUUGCUUUGGUAAUUUUUAAAAUAUAUUUUAACUUUUAUUUUAUGCAAUUUGAGAUUAUUCUUUUAGAAUUAAAAGCACUUUACAAAUCUAAUGUAUUAUUAUUAUUAUUAUUACUACAGUAAAUCCUAACCCUCACUACUUUACUCUAUUACCAGCUCUGAUUGAACUUGGUCAACUCAAUAGCGUUUCUCACUGUUGACUUCUCCCUGGCGUGUGCUCUCAGUAUCCACCAUAAUACCAGUUCAUUCAUUCUAAAACCAUGAAGGGGAGUGAACGAAUGGACACUGCAGGUAGAGAAACAGAAAUGCGGAGAAACAGAAAUGCACUCUAGUCACCUACUGUAGUUUUAGACUAGGACACUAACAGGACAUGUGAGUUGCCAUAGAGACAGCGAUAUAGGAGGAGUGAUUGAUCAGUUUGAAAUGAGGCCUGAAAAGAGGUAAAGGCCUUAUGGAUUGUGCACGUCGUUUUCACAAAAGCUUUAGGUCUAGACAAAGAAAGUAACCAUCAAAGCAAUGAGACCAAAACGACACAAACCAAUCAAGUUCAUUGAUCAUAAGGGUGAGUUAGAGUCCUUGUUUCAGAUCUCCCCUCGACGAAGAAGUGCCCAACAGUUUUACUAAGCGAAGAAAACAAUAACUUCUGUAUUUCCAUAAUUAAAAAUGGAAUUUUCUCUCUCUCUCUCUCUCUCUCUCUCUCUCUCUCUCUCUCUCUCUCUCUCUCUCUCUCUCUCUCUCUCUCUCUCUCUCUCUCUCUCUCUCUCUCUCUCUCUCUCUCUCUCUGCAGGUCAUUCAAUGAUAGUUGUUUUCUCAGCAGUCCUCUGUGUUCAGAGCUGGCAGAUGUCCAGUGGUACGGACACGACAAGGCCAAACCUGGAACCCUGGUCUGA